UAGAAUUUUGACGUAAUGUCUGUGCGGAAAUGGUAGGGUGUGCUUUGCGUUUAGUGAAUAUGCGUGUGAAAGUGUCAUUUCUCGCGGAAGUGGGUGAAGAUUGCGUUUUUGUAUGUGUAAUGUAACGACACAUCUGACAUAAUGUAUUUCUAUUUACUCCUCGCUGGAACAGCCGUAGUGAAUAAUAUGUAUGUUAAUUAAAGUGCUGAAUGUAAAUGACAGUGAAAUAUGUCCAUCCCAGGGGGGAGUAAAAGAAGUGGUGCUAUGAAAAUUCGUUUGACAAUACUGUGCGCACGAAAUUUGGCCAAAAAGGAUUUGUUCCGCCUUCCCGAUCCAUUCGCAAAGAUCAGCGUCGACGGCUCGGGUCAGUGUCAUAAAACAGACACAUGUAAAGCCACUCUUGACCCUAAGUGGAAUCAGCAUUAUGACUUGUAUAUUGGAAAGGAUGAUGGUAUUACUAUAAGUGUAUGGAACCACAGAAAAAUUCACAAAAAACAAGGAGCUGGAUUCCUGGGUGGUGUGAGAAUUGUAUCAAAUACAAUUCAGAGGCUGAAAGACACUGGCUAUCAGCGCUUGGAUUUGUGCAAGUUAAGCUUAGACAGUCCCGAUCCAGUGAAAGGUCAAAUUGUAGUUUCUUUGCUCUCCCGUGAUGGCCACAGUGGUGUCGCAGGUGGUGGCCACAAUGCUGUUGUGGAUCCUCUGGGAGACCUCAGUUGCCCUGAGGACCUCCCCGAGGGAUGGGAAGAGCGAAGAACUUCCGACGGUUGGCUUUAUUACGUAAAUCAUCACACCAAAACUACUCAGUGGUUUAGGCCAACAAGGCCGCAAUAUACAAGUAUUAUUCCGACACAUGUCCUUUCAAGACCUUCGCGUGAGAAUGGUCCUGUUGGCUCAAACGUUACACAGCCUACUUCUCCAACAAGUGGAUUAGCCCAUCCAAAUUCUUCAAGUGAUGGUGGGUCUGUCAGCCCAGAUGUUACACAGCCUACUUCUCCAACAAGUGGAUUAGCCCAUCUAAAUUCUUCAACUGAGGGUGGACCCGUCAGCCCAGAUGUUACGCAGCCAGCUUCUCCAAUAAGUGGAUUAGUCCAUCUAAAUACUUCAAGUUCCAAUACUAGUUCACCUAUUACUGGUACCGUUGAACAACAAUCGUCAGCAGGAUCCAAUUCUGGCAGUCCAGUAAACCAGACACCAAGCCAGAAUCAAUCAGGGAACAGGGAGCAGAACGGCAUCUUCCCUCUUCGAGGAACUGCUGCAUCACGCAGGCCAUUGGUUCCAGCAAUAACAGGCUUUCAACCAAACAAAACAGUGAGUGAAGCUGAAAAUCGGCCUUCAAGAACAGAGCUGCCAGCUGCUGGCAGUAGACGUGAACGUGAAAAUUCUUCAGGCAGUCAGGCUCAAGCAGCUGCUCAUCGUCGACGAUCUGCACGACAGAGAAAUUCAUUGAUGUUGCAACAGGCUGGUCGUGGUUCUCACAAUAUUAGUCAGCCGGGAGACUUGCCACCAGGAUAUGAAUUACGAACAACGCAGCAAGGGCAGGUGUAUUUCUACCAUGUUCCAUCUGGAAUAAGUACAUGGCAUGACCCACGCAUUCCACGAGACCUGACUGUAAGCUCAGAUCUCGGUCCUUUACCACCAGGAUGGGAAAUGAGGCAAACUAGUUCUGGACGUAUUUAUUUUGUAGAUCACAAUAACCGCACCACUCAGUUCACUGAUCCACGGCUGUCUGGUGCAGUAAUCUCAAAUCUCAUUAAGAAACAAAGCUCAAACACUUCACCAACCCAUGGCGCAACAAGCAGCUCAAAUUCCAAUUCGAGCAGUGGACGGGUAGAUCCCGUGGGGAGGGAAGAUUCACCUUCUGGGUCAUCUCGCCAGCCUUCUCUGUCCCCUACAAGCAGUGGAAGUAGCACAACAAUGAACAGUGAAGCAAGAACUUCGGGAGAAGGAAGUAGCAAUAGUGCAACGGAACCUGCUGCCGGUGCUGACGGAAGUGCAAAUAAUAGUGAAAAUAGAAAUUCAGCUUCGGUGUGUGUGUCACUAAAUGUACGAAGUGGAGAACUGCCAAGGGAACUGUUGGACAGUGAAUUGUUGCCAAAGUACAAACGAGAUUUGGUUACGAAGCACAAAUCUUUAAGAACUGAACUGCAAGCACUUCAACCACAAAGUGGUCACUGCCGUUUAGAGGUGUCACGGACAGAAAUAUUUGAGGAGUCAUAUAGACUAGUGAUGAAAAUGAGACCAAAGGAUAUGCGCAAACGCCUAAUGGUUAAAUUCAGAGGAGAAGAAGGUUUAGAUUAUGGAGGUGUUGCUCGUGAGUGGCUGUACCUUCUGUCACAUGAAAUGCUGAAUCCUCAGUACGGACUUUUCCAGUAUUCACGUGAAGAUAAUUACACUUUGCAGAUCAAUCCUGAUAGCAGCAUUAAUCCUGAGCAUUUAUCAUAUUUUCACUUUGUGGGCCGUGUAAUUGGGAUAGCUGUUUUCCAUGGUCAUUACAUUGAUGGAGGCUUUACAAUGCCAUUUUAUAAGAUGUUGCUUAAUAAACCUAUAACACUGGAUGAUAUUGAAGGUGUGGAUCCUGAACUGCAUAGGAGCUUAACAUGGAUGCUGGAAAACAGCCUCACUGGUGUCAUUGAUACAACUUUUGCUGUGGAGCACAACAGCUUUGGAGUAUUGAAGGUGCAUGAGCUGAAACCUGGGGGAAAGGAUAUUAACGUAACAGAAGAAAACAAACGAGAAUAUGUAAAGCUGUACGUGAACUACAGAUUUAUGAGAGGUAUUGAGCAACAGUUCCUAGCUCUACAGAAAGGUUUCACUGAAUUAAUACCCAACAAUCUUCUUAGAGCAUUUGAUGAACGUGAACUUGAAUUGAUAAUUGGUGGCCUCGGUUCUAUAGACAUUACGGAUUGGCGAAAUCACACAAGGUUAAAGCAUUGCACUCCCGAAACACCAGUUGUAAAGUGGUUUUGGCAGAUCGUUGAAGAAUACUCGGAGGAAAUGAGGGCAAGACUUUUACAGUUUGUAACAGGAAGUUCUAGGGUUCCUUUACAAGGAUUUAAAGCUUUGCAAGGUUCAACAGGUGCUGCUGGUCCAAGACUUUUUACAAUUCAUGUUAUAGAUGCACCUUUGGAAAAUCUACCAAAAGCCCAUACAUGCUUUAAUAGAAUUGACAUUCCUCCUUAUGAAUCAUAUCAGAAAAUGUUUGAAAAGCUUACUCAGGCUGUGGAAGAGACAUGUGGUUUUGCUGUUGAAUGACGUGUUGCAUAAAAUAGCUUAAUUUUAGAGGUUGAGUCAAUUUGCACUAUUUUUAGAUAAAUAGUCAAAUUUAUUGUUUGCACAUUGAUUUGCACAAAAGGCCUCACAAGUCAUUGAAGCUGCAUGACACACCUCUGAAAGAUUCAGAUAAACUGCAAAGCUUCAUUGCCGGUGAAAUGAAAUAUUUAGGAUCAUAUGGUUUUGGUAUGAUCUCUAGUUUCUUUUUAGAUACAAUUCACUUGUUGUACAGAGUUAUUUUGUUGUAUGCUGUUGUUAAAAUAUGCAUCACAUGGUGUAUUAUUGAGAUUUUUUAACCAAUUGUUAAAAACAUUGAACCUGUGUCUACUGUGUAGAUAUAAGCUAGUAUUGUUUUCAUGGUGUGAUUUAAAAUCUGCCCAUUAUAUAUGUUGCACAUUUUAUUUUUUAAAAAAAAGGUGGCAGUUGAACUGUCAGCACAAAAUUCAACCACCACAGAUAUGCACAUGUUGUGUGUUGCUUUAGUAUUUAUGUUAACAAUAAUUGCCUUAUGUCAUUUGUUUAAGAUAAGGUUCUUCACAGUAUUGUUGUAAUUGUAACUAACAGGUAUUGCAAUUAUAAAUUAGAUCAGUUUUCCAGUUUGAAGUAGAUAGUGUUUUGUUGCUCGGAUUUCUCUGAUUUAACAUUGUACUCUUCUCAUGCACACAUGCUGCGACAUGACUCACAAACAGUGACGCGCUGAAAACCAGAUCUGAAUGUGCUCUUGCUUCAGUUUUACUCUCAGCAGUUCACCAUUGUAUUUUAAUAUUUCAUAUUACUGCAGAUUGCAGCAGAGAUGUCAUUCAUAUUUAUUAAAUGUUUGUAUGGCAGCAGUGGAAAUGCCUCAUGUAGCACCCUCCAGUAUAAUGUGACUUCCAUGCCUGAACUCCUGAUUUGCUAGCUUUUGGAGAACCGGGAUCUAGUUUAAUAUUAGCAUUAUUCAUUUAAAAGUAUGUUGACUGUAGAAGGAAGCAGUUCUUCACAAUGAGGUGGAAAAAUGUCAUUUAGAUCAGAUGAGAAUAAGAUCAUUGUGCAAACAAAGCCAGUAUUAUUGGUUGCAGUCCACAGAAUCCCGUGGUACUGGAGCAAAAAGUGAAACUCCAUAUUUAUUAACUGUUUGUGCACUCUUACUCUCCAAGAACUUUCCAAAAAUUUCAGUAAAAACUCUUCAUUAGGUGCUCCAUUCAUUAGACAGUAAGUUCAACAUUUUCAGACUCAAACUACCACAGAGAACAUAAAGGCCAAAUUCAUCUCUGUGUGUAUACGUCGUCAUAAAAACAAGGACCAUCAUAUUCAUCUUGAACAUAGUGCUUUUUCCUAUUUCUGUUGCCCCAUUCAAUUAAAAGUCAACUGUUUCAUAUGUAUUUAAGUUAUCAGGGACAUUUUUAUUCUUUAUGUUUUGAGGAUUGAGUACCUUGCAAUACUCAUUUUUUAUGUAACUAUGUGGUAUAUCAUUUUACAGAGUUACGUAGCAUUAUUUACGGUCUCUAUAAAAAUACCUCCUUGUCACUAUUAUAAUUUGUUUCCUAGGAAACUGACAAAUAAGUUAUAGCUUUAAAAGAAAGGAAACAAGAAACAAAAUUUAUUUGUAAUGUGGAUGGUAUUUGUGAUCCUGUUGUUAACAACAGUACCAAUAGAUAUGUAUUUUUGAGAAACAUGGAUGCAUUUUAGAAAAAUGUAUAAUUGUUAAAAACUAGAGAACUGUUUUCAAAACCAACUGGAAGUUGUUUCACUCCUUUUCUAUAUUUUCAUAAUACUCUGUUGAUUUAUAUACAAUUUGCAUAACAUGCUAAUUUUUGAAGUGUAAAACCAUUAUAUAAUAAUGAAAAUAUUUUUGUACACAGCUAUAAUGCCUUCAAUGUAUUGUAGCAAAAUCUACAUAUCAUUGUAUUCUCUGCAAUAGGAAAAUUUGUGUGUGCUUUGUGAGAAUGGAAGGCAUUGUGCAAUAUUUUAUUGCUGUUAAAUUUGAAAUAUUUUAUACAGGCCUUAACUCAGUAGCUCAGAAGAGCAGUUGUUGAUAAAAUGUGGUUAUUGUUGCAGAAAGACAAUAAUAGAUGUAGAAAGCACUCCUUCCAAUUGGCGUUUUCCUAGAUUUUGUAUAAGAGAAGUAUUGAGAGGCAUGUUCCUUAUAACAGCAAUAGAUAAAGUACUUGGUUCCACAAGUACAUGGAAAUGUUGUUAUUUGUUGCAGAACAUAGCUUUUUUGUUAUGCUUAAUCUUUGACUACCAAAUUGCUGCAGCACUGAUGUUGCAGGAUAACUUUUUAGUAGCUAAUUUGUAAGCAUAAAUUUUCUUCCAUUUAAUUUGUUGUACAGUGACAGGCUGACUGAAAAAAAGGUAUAAUGCUGUUUACUUAUAAAUCCAGUACAGAAGACAUAACAAGAAUGUCUAGGAGUCGUUAUGAAAUGCCACUUAAAUACUUUUACAGACCUACAUCUGUGCAUCAGGCAGUGUGAAGUGAAGGCUGUAUAGUAUAUCAGCAUUAUUUACAUCCCCCUGUACUACUCUUUUUUUUGGAUAGAAUCCAGGAAGAAUGUGUAUGUAUAAACCCAAAUUCAUCUAAUAAUUCUACCACUAUUACAGAUUAUGUAUAUGAGAGGAAGUAAUUUAUCAUGAUCUUUAUGGAAUAUAUGCUGUUGUUGUUUAUAAAGUAACACUUUCCAUGAAGCAUAAUAGUUUCCUCUUGGAAUUUGUUGAAAAUAUCUAUUAUUCUUACACUGUCAAAAAAAUUUAUUACUGCAAAUGAGAUUUAGAUUUUUUUGUCUGUACACAUAGGAGAUUGAGACAAGUUUUUUAUUUAUCGAAACAGUCAGUACUCUGAUUGCAAAUGGUUAUAACAUGGAAAAGCUGGGCACAUUGGUUUAGUUUCGUGAUAAAAAUAAUGAGAAGUGAUACUAAUAAAAUGUACCUUACAUUCAUUAAUAUUUCUGCAGCACUAAAAACAACUAUUAUUAAUGUCAUCGUCAAAAUAAUUUGUAAGUAAUAUGCGAUAUAAUUUUUGUUUUCUUGGCUCGAUUGAUUGAAGUUAUGUUUUGGGACUUCAGUGUAUAUGGCAGUUCACUUUUGUGCAUAAAUUUUGGCAAAUUAGCUAACGCUGUUUCUCAGGUGCUAUGAGCAGCUGUCUUAUAUGUCUAACACUUGGACUCAAACCAGAAUACGGACUGACUGUUUCUAGUCCAGCCACUUAGCAUACAUAAGACUAAGUGCUGCAAGUAUUGAAGAUGGCAACAAAUGGUUCCAAAUUUGCUUUCAAUAUUUCAAUAAGUAGGCUAGAAAACUGAAAAUAUUCCACUGUAAGUAAAAAAUAAAUGAUAGAAAAUGUUGUUUUAGAAAAUGUAACCCUGUUACAUUCAUUGAACGGUGUGUGGACUAAAGGUACAUUGUCUAGUAUGCGACAACAGCAACAGGAAUCCCCUACGGCAAAAGCGGCUGCCUGAGUUUGAGUUUGGGCUGCAAUGCGUGACUGGUGUGAAUGCCACCACAGCACUGUACCAGUGAUCAGUGCUGCGAUGGAAGCCAUGCAACGGAGUAGUGUUGUGGCAUGAUGUCCAGCCAAAGAUAACUGCAAUUAGACUCUCACACAAGUUAAUACUCAGCAUCAGUGUCUUUAGAUUUAAAGCACUGUAAGUACAAGAGCCCUUUGUUCCAGCACCUCCACAUUUGGAAAACUGCCAUUUGGUCCAGAAUUCCUUUGCUUGUUCCAAAAGUUUUUCUGUUCAAGGGACUGGGAAAUAAAUAAGAGAGUUUGUAGACAAAUGCGGACUGUACUACCACCACAAUUCUGCCGAUUUAUUUUUUAGAGACCCUGAAGGAAAAUAUGCGAGGUGAAUAAGAGUCUCCUGUUGCAAAAAACUUGAAAAAAAAAAAACAGUUAAUUUAUUACACAAUUAUUUUUAGUAAGUCUAUAUUUCAUGGCAUCCUAAGAACACAGAGAGAAACAUUAGGGGCUUAUGUCGGAGUAAUAGAAGACAAGAAAUGCUUGGAACAGGAUCAAAUGUCUCGGAGAAACCAAAUAAAUGAAUAUUGUAUGAUCACUAGGUUUCCUUGUGUAAAGUUCAACAUAGAGAACAUUAAGUAAAUUUCUUAAUUUUUAAGCAUACUGCUUUCAUCUGCUUCUUUGCCUUCAAGAAAAAUAAAUUUGGAUUGUUAAAGAGCAUGCAGGAAAUGUAAUGACAAGUCUAAAUUUCAUUGAUCUGAAUGCAUUCCUAAAGCAAUAGCAUUUCAGUCAGUGUUUUAUGUGAUGUUAUUAGACAUCUUAAUUAUGAAUUUUCAGUUAAAUUUCACUUCUGUAACUUUAAUACCUUGGGAGAUGGAAUUUUUAGUACUGUUUUAUUGCAGCAUAAAAACCACACAAAUACUAACUAUUCAUUUCAUAGCCUCUCGAACAUAAUUUUUCCCUGAUAAAUUCAGUGGCAGAAUUGGGCAGUUUCGUUCCAUGAUAACUUCCAAUUGGCCCAGUUGGAUCCAUUUUGACUGUAUAACCAUUACAAACGAGACAGAAAAAACAAAUAUGUGGUCAGUAUUUGUCUAAAUGUCGCCAAGUGAUAGUUAUUGCAAAAGAGACUUGCCCAUUUUGCCACCGAAUUUAUUGGGGAAAAAUAAUCUUAUUUGAGAGGUAACCAAAUCAGUACUAUUUUUUUUCCAAUGUUGUAUUAUUAUUUUUGUGAUUGCUAUGGUGUAAUGAAAUGGCAUUAAAAAUUUCGUAGCAGUAGAGCUAGCAGUUUUAGAGAAAGAAAACAUGUAACUUAGAAAAACACAGAUUUUUUAGCUCUGUUUACAAAAUGGAAAAACAUUAAAUCUCCAAAGUACUAGAGCCAGAGCAGUAAAAUUUUAAGUAUAAACUCGUAAUUCAGAUCUCUAAUAACAUCAUGUAAAAAAUUGACUGAAAUAUUGUUACUUAGGUGACACAUGUGGAUUCAGCAAAAUUUAAAUGUUUCCCGGAACUUUCUGCAAGCACUCUAUUGAUACAUUUAAUGAACUAAAACAAGAAAUAUUGUGUUGCAGAUCUGCCUCCAAUAUGUGACUCUUUCAGUCAGAAGAAAAGACCAACAGUAUUGUUUCAAACAUUGUAACUUAAUCCAGAGGCAAUACAGAAGUUAUAUCCAUAUCACUUAAGGGAGCACCUCAGAUGAGAGAGUUGCAAGCUCCAUUAUAUGUUUCUGAUGGACGUACAACUUUCAUGCAUACAAACAAAGGUCUUGAUCCCAGUGGCACAAGGUUAUGUAACAGGAAGAAAAUGAGGGUGGAAGAAACGAUGUAUCUCCAGCUCGGAGGGGGGAAAAAAAAAAGACAGACUGAAAGGGAGAAAACAUCUGCAGAAUUGAAAACAAAAUACCUAGAGGCUCCUAAGAAGAAAUUUAUAAAUUGAUUUCUACUGGGCAUGGCUAUGGCUAUGGCUAUGAGAACACCCCGCUCCACUUUUUCGAUUGAGUCAAAAAAGCUUAUGGAAUAAAGGAAUGAAAUGACAGAUAAAAACUAAAGGUUUAAGAGUGUGUCAGAACAGACUGACAUUAUUUGAGGCUGAUGAUCUCAGGGGCAUUAUGUAUUUCCUUGUAAUAUAAAAUUAAAAUGUUUAAUUUUUUACGACAUACAUUUUAAUGAAUGCAAUUUAUAUUAAGUUCUCUCCACCUCUGUUGCUGUAGACAUGUCAAUGCUGGGAGAGUAAAUAAGGACUUACCAUAUUGAUUCAAUACUAUGCAGAAGUUAUUACCAACAUAAUAUGCAAGAGCAUUAACAAAUCUCUAUUUUCCAAGCAUUUCACUGUCUUCACCUUAAAGGAGAAAUGUGUGAGCAUGUAGCAGGUAGGGUUGCAAUUGCCAUCUGAAGACAUUCACUUUUAAUAAUAAAUGAGGAAUUACUUAAUUUCUAUGAUGUGUUAAAUAAUUUCCAUGAUGUGCUAAAACAUUACAGGUUGUUAAACUAUUACAACGUGGACAAAGAGAAAAAUUAUUUUAAUAAUUUUAGCCAAAAAUUUGUGUGUUGGAGAAGAAAAUUACUGUCGUCAUGAGUUUUUCAGUUGCAGAAUGGAUUUCUUGAACAUGUUGCACUUUUUUUUGAGAGACACAAAAUAUGGGUAAAGUAACCUAAAAUAAAGUCUGAAUAUGGUUUUGUCAUUUAAAAGAUGCCUGUUAAUAAAAACGCUAUAACAACCUUCACUGUCAUGUCCCACAAAAAUUCUAUUAAUCUUCAUCAUCUUCAUAAAGUUGAGGAGCGACAAUAAUACUAUGGUGUCAUUCUCUUCAUCUUGUAACAAAAUAUCUAAGUAAUUCAGGGUCACAUCCAAUUUAGUCGCAUUUCUGUCCAUCCUAUUGCCGACUGUCUACUGGUGCCACAGCUGUGCUUUGGGAAAUAGCUGCGACUGCGGACUAAAUUUGGUUGCAUCGUUGUAUGCUUGAGGGAGCAGUCAGCCCUUUUUCACUGCCGCAAGUUGCGGUCGCGCCUUGUACAACGCACCUUAAAGAAUCAAGUUUUGCAAUUCACACAGAUAAUAAUACAAAAGUAUGUGAGUGAAUGGUGCUGCAAUAUAGUUUGUUAUGGAAACUAAAGCUGUUAAUUUGCAAAGUGUCGUAUUAAUCAGUCAUGUAGAAAUGUGGACAGUUUGAAUUAUUAUUGCAAGCACUAAUACCCUUUAAUUCCAAGGCACAAUCUUUCGUAAUACACAUAAUUUAGAUGCAUCUCAUUGACACAUUCUUGUGAUUUCCCCUGGUAUGUCAGCAUCCUUUUUUUGUCCAUCAUUAUUUAUUUAUUUAUUUAUUUUUUCAUCAUGCAUUGUAUGUUAUACAACUUGCUCUAUCUAUUCCCUUCCACAUACUGAUUCCUCCACUUCUCAGUCUAUCUACAUGCCAUGAUUCAGUAGUGCAUUUGCUUUGAAUGAGGGACUUUGAACAUCUUAUAUUUGACUUGAUUUAAUCUCCUCUCUUGCAUAAGAGGUUUUAAAGUAAACUGUGACUGUUUAAGGUAGGUUUUGAGAUUACUACUGCCCUAUGGAAAUGGUUUAUUUGAUCAGUAGUGAUUGUACCUUGUGUCCAGAAGUCUUUAGCUCACCAAAUUUUAGCCUAAAAGUUGGGCUUUGUGUUAUUUAAGUGUACAGAAGAUUUCAGAAUAAUUGGAUUAAUAGAGGCCUUUAUAAUCCUUAGUUGGCUCUAAUUAUUCGGAGAAUUCAUAUCAGAUUACUUCUGCUCUAUUAACUUAGAUAUUUUUCAAGCUUAAAUGAGGGAUUAGUUUUUGUAAAUUAUGUGUACUGCAUACCAUUUGAGAGAUUACUAACUAUAAUGGAAUCUUAUUUUUCUUGUAAACUUUAGGAGGAGGAUGUUAUCUAAAAAACUUGCUUUUAUAUAAAAAAAAGGCAAGAA